AUGCGGUGGAAUAAGAUCAAUGUUUUCCUCAUGAGCGCUCUUGGGGCUGUGUCGUGUGUUCCGGCAGCGGCGAAUGUGGCCCAGAGCAUUAGCGACAUGGACAACCUGGCAGCCAAAAUUGGAAAUGCACAAAAGUCACUCGACAACUACAACGGCGCCCGGGAAAACCUAGCGGAUAGUGACAACAUGAUUUCUGAAGAAGGAUCGAGCUACGCCAAAUCGUAUGAGCAUAUGUAUCCUGUACUGCUGGAUGCUAUUCAUUCCGCAAGGGGCAAGGCCCCCUUGAUCAACAAAUCGGGACUCGGACCAGAAGCUCGAACAUAUCUGAGCAAUCUACACGGAGAGAAGCGACUGUUAGAGGAUCAGGCCAAGGCCAAGGUCCCGGAUGACAUCUUCCUCAAAAUAAAGCCUUCCGCCGACCAGAUUACUACGGCAUUUGAUGAGGCUGAUGCUGCGUUCAAAUGA